CGAGUGGGGUAUGGAACUUUCCUCUUUUGGAAGUGGAACCUUUAUUGAAAUGAGUAAUUAUUAGUUUGUUUGCUUCUAAAUUUAGUAUCGCUUGUCGCUAUCACGAUGUCGACCGUUCUUCCUUUUUUCACGUGGACCGACUUGGAUACCAUCUGAUACUAUUUUUAUGUAACACUUAAAUGUUACGCAUCUGUAAAUCACACCAUUACGUUAGCAGUUCACGAGAUAGCUUUUUCAUUACAUUAUCUCGCUCGUUGAGCUUUAAUGUAAGCAUAAUAAGAUGGUUUUAUUUUGAAAAUUCUGGUAAUUGGUAAAUGGUAGUUAGAGAGACAAAGAUGAUGUCUGGACGAGAAGUAGAGUCAUCGACAAGACAUAAUGGAGGAGCUGGAGCUGGAGGAGGAGAGAAUCAUCCGUUUACUUCGUUGGGAAGACAAUCAUCCAUCUACUCAUUAACCCUCGACGAGUUCCAACACGCUCUCUGCGAGAACGGCAAAAACUUCGGGUCCAUGAACAUGGACGAGUUUCUCGUCUCUAUUUGGAACGCUGAGGAGAAUAACAACAACAACCAUCAAGCUGCAGCUUCAUCCCGUCCACCGAAUCAUAAUGGUUUCAACAAUGGUGGAGGUGAGAGUGGAGUCUUUGGUGGUGGUGGUUCUUCAGGUAACCAAAGGGAUAAUAAAAGGCAAGGGAUAGCGAAGCAGCCGAGCCUUCCACGACAAGGCUCGUUGACACUUCCAUCUCCGCUUUGUAGGAAGACUGUUGAUGAGGUUUGGUCUGAGAUACAUAGAGGUGGUGGAGACAGCAAUGGACGUGGUACUAGUAGUAAUGGUCAAAACAAUGGUCAUAAAGGCGGUGGUCAUGAGAAUGCGGCAAGGCAACCAACGUUUGGAGAGAUGACGCUUGAGGACUUCUUGGUGAAGGCUGGUGUGGUUAGAGAACAUCCCACUAACCCUAAACCUAUUCUUAACCCGACCCCGUCUAGUGUUAUCCCCGCAGCUACGCACCAGCAACAGCUCUACGGUGUGUUUCAAGGACCAGGGCAGGCACCACCGGUUCAACCAGGUGUUUGCUAUGGCGGUGGUGGUGGUGGUGGGUUUGGAGCGAGUGGGCAGCAAAUGGCGAUGGUGAGACCGUUGAGCCCGGUGUCGUCAGAGGGGUUAGGACAUGGACAAGUGGAUAACAUAGGAGGACAGUAUGGAGUUGAUAUGGGAGGGAUAAGGGGAAGGAAAAGAGUAGUGGAUGGUCCGGUAGAGAAGGUAGUUGAGAGGAGGCAGAGGAGGAUGAUCAAGAACCGUGAGUCUGCUGCUAGGUCUAGAGCAAGAAAACAGGCAUAUACGGUGGAGUUGGAAGCAGAACUGAACCAGUUGAAAGAAGAGAACGCCCAGCUAAAACAUGCAUUGGGAGAGUUGGAGAGGAAAAGGAAGCAACAGUAUUUUGAGAGUUUGAAGACUAGAGCACAACCGAAGUUGCCUAAAGCAAGCGGGAGGCUGCGGACAUUGGUGAGGAAUCCGAGUUGUCCGCUCUGAACAAACAAAGAAACAGUGAGAGACAGAGAGGAAAAGCUGAUGAUUUUAUAUGGUGUUGUUAGGUCGGUUUGUUUUGUCAUGAGACAUGAGAUAUAUAAAUCUUGUACGUUGAUGUUCUUCGUGUUGGUAGAAGGAACAUAUUCUGAUCUUCUCCACUUAUGUUCUUGUCGACAAGGAAGUGAUUCUCUGUUUCAACGUUAUGAAUCUUUUGGAGGAUAUAGCAAGUGUUAUGUUA